ACACGUGUACCGUCAAAUUAAAGCCAACCCCAACCCCAACCGAUCAAUAUUCCGACGCUCUGAAAACAAACAAGCCUUUGAGAGUCCAUCGGAUCGUAUAACAUCAGAAUAAGAAGAAUAAUAGUAAGAAAAUUAGGGCAAAGAAUUAGGGUUCAUCAUGGGAGGAGGAGGAGCAAUAUGGAGAAGUACAGCAAAAGUAGGAAUAGGUGCAAUCGGUAAUCAUUACAGAGGUUUACCAUCUUCACCUGUUCCGUUAGCUGACCGUGUUGUUAAUGCUCGUAAUUCAGCUAUACCUCCGUCAAAUCUUAAUCCUAAACUCAUUAAUCUUUCAUCACUUCAUAAUAAUAAUAAUAAGAACCCAUCUUCUUCGUAUUCUUAUGAAGUCAAUGAUUGGGAGUUUAUUAUAAAUGAGAGUAAUAAUGGCGAAAAAAUCAUUGUUGAUCUUAAUAAUAUGUGUGGUGCUGCUGCUGCUGUUGAUCAUUCAACAUAUUCUUGUACUACUACUGGUAGCGGUGAUUUCAUUUUUGGAUCUGUUCCAAGUCUUGAUGAAGCUAAUUCUGCCACUUCUGAUCUUAAAGAUGCCUUGGGAAAGAUAUAUUUCACUCCUGGUGAAAGAACAGUGGGGUUUCCGUCACAGCCAAAUCAAGCUUUCCAAGCUUUUGCUUUGUUGCAAGAUAGCCCUGAAGUCCAGAAUGUGGUUGCUGCGCUAGCAUCUGAUAAAAAUGUUUGGGAAGCUGUGAUGAAGAAUGAGGAGCUAAUGGAAUUUUACCGAAAAGCAAACAUGAAUGAAUAUGUUCCUGAUGUUGGGGUUGAAAGGAAACAUGAUGAUGGAGUAUCAUUUGGAAAUGCGACAAAUGGGCUGAUUAGUUUAAUUGAUAUGAUUAAAGAACAGGUGUUGGCUAUGGUUAGCAGUUUAACUGAGUUCUUUCAGCACAUUUUCAGGACUGCAGUAGAAGGAAUCAACAACACCGACUCUGCCAACAACUCUAUAUGGAAAUGCACUUCUGCUAAAGGUGCUCCAUUCAUCGCGCUGACAAUUGCUGCAAUAAUGGUGGUUAUGGUGAAGCGAGCUUAGAACAAGUGAAGAUUGUAGGAACGGAAAAACAAAGAUUCUCUAAAUUCCUAUACUAUGUGGACUUUUAACUUUACAUUUUUCCUGUUCUCGUUAUUAGGCUAUGGUGAUAGGAAAGGAGCAAUAUGCACGCAUGCUUUAAAGCAACUAUGACUAUGCUGUGUGUUGAUACUGGGAUGGACUAGUUUAUUUUUCUUAUUCUUCUAGGAUUUGGUAUCCAACUUCAUGUAUAUAUUAGAUGCCAAACUAUAGAUUAUCAUCAAAAUAAUCUUCUGAAUUAGUUAUUACAUUCUUAUAGUAUGAUCACAUUUCAUUUA